UACAAACUUCCCUAUAUAUUCCGAUAUACUCGAUUGCAAUAUCAACGAUACAGACCGCGUGUGUAAUGUAUCUGUUCAAAAUUUUGACUUUCCUGCCUCUGCUCGUUUCAUGCAAGGCUAAAGACGAACUGAUAGCUGUGUCAGCGUUGAUUCGACAUGGCGCAAGGAUACCCAAUUCCUUCUAUCCCACAGACCCUUACAGAAAUGCUACCUGGCCAUUUGUGUUGGGAGAUUUGACCAAUCUCGGGGUCAAAGAGAUGUUUCAAGUGGGCCAAUGGCUGAGAAGGAAAUAUUCCAACUUCUUGUCUGAAAAAUACAAACCAGACGAACUAUACGCUCAUUCUGUGGAUUACGGCAGAUGUUACAUGACUGGCGAAGCAACGCUGGCUGGUCUUUAUCCACCAGUCGGUGAGGAAAUAUGGAACAAUCGCAUUCGCUGGCAACCAAUUCCUGUGCAUGGAUCACCUAUCACGCAAGACAUCGAAACGAACGUGUUGAAACCCUGUCCCAACAAGUAUCAGGUUGAUUCUGAUCUGAUUUUCGAUUCUCCAGAGUAUCCAGCCAUCAUCAAGAAAUACGGUCCACUCCUGGAUUACCUCAGUAAAAUGUCCGGAGAGAACAUAACACUCCCAUCAUUAUAUCCUCUCUUCGACACCUUGUUCAGCGAGAAAAAACUUGGCUUGCCGUUGCCGAAAUGGGCUGAAGAAGUUUACCCCCAAAUACUUCCAGCCGUUGUUCUCUACACUAAAAUGAGUUCAAUAACUCCUCUCGAGAUAGAGGUGCAAACUGGUGCUCUGGUGACACAGAUCUUGAACCAGUUCCAACGUGCCAUAUCUGGAGAAAAUUUCGGCACAACCAGCACGAUCUACAGGAAGUUCAUGGCUUACUUUUCGACUGAAUGGAUGCUUUACGAUUUCACGUACGGUCUUGGUUUGGAAGGUGUCGGAAUACUCGAAUUUGGUGCCAUGUAUCUGAUCGAGCUCAGGAGGAAUUCGAAAAAGGGCUAUUAUGUCAACAUAUUGUACAGAAGCUCGGCCAGUCCGGGAGCAAAAGCUGUCCCUUGGAGGUUCAAAGGAGGUGGAUAUAGUCCCAGUUACGAGAGUUUCAAGAAAUACUUAGAACCCAUGAAAACGAAUACCACGCAGUGGGUGAAAUAUUGUUAUAAUUACACUGGCUCAGUAGCUAGAACAGCUACUGGAGUUCCUAUAUCCUAGAUCCAUUCGACUUUGGUCCAAUGGUGGAUUAUUUAUUUUCAUUCAUUGAGUAAACUAUCAAAGAAAGAUUGUCCUAUUGCAUUUUCUAUGCCUGACCUCGAAGUAAGUAGACAAUCCUGUACCUCAAACCUACAAUCCACAGAAAUUGUUAUCGCUUGUGAACUUACUGAAUAAAUAAAGUGUCCAGACACUAGGUACUAUA